AUGGGUGGCGAGGCUGAUAGCGUGCAAUCUUCCGAUGCCAAAAACUUUGAAGUGGCCGACUUAUACGAACGAUUAGGAUCAGAUAACAGCUACAAAGAAUCCGUCAAGCGCGAAUUAGAAAAUGUUCAAAAUUCGAUCUUGCCAAUGCGGCUGCGAUUCAACGAGCUCCUCAAUACCAUGGCCGCAAUGGAGCAGAGAUCAGACGGCUCAUCUCAAGAGACUUUUACUCAAGUCCGUGCUAAGCUAGUGGAGUUCGUCGCUGAGGUGCAGAUGUUUUCGACAGAAUAUACCCGACUGCAGCCGCUAUUUGACGGUCUACAGCAGACUUCAAGAGACGAAAAGCUUGCUACUAAAUUCAUGCCCCUCGAGCGGCUUGCAUACUUGAGCGAGGCUACUCUGGCCGCCGCGGGAAAGCAGUCGAACCGCAACUCGCCGUCCGCAAACUAUACGACGAACACUACGAAAGAAGGCAAUUCAAAUGCUGGCACACCCUCCAGCAAUGUUCCAACACCAUCUGCAACGAAUAUUGUCCCGUCAAAAAAGUCGAGAAAGCCACGUCCCAAGAAAAAUUCGGGCCCGUCCCCAUCGUCUAUUCUGCCCCAGCCCCAGCAGCCGCAGAAUCAAGCUUCUUUCCAGGCAGUCCAACUACAACAACAACAACAACAACACCAACAACAACAACAACAACAACAACAACAACAACAACAACAACAACAACAACAACAACAACAACAACAACAACAACAACAACUACAACUGCAACAGCAACAGCAACAGCAACAGCAACAGCAACAGCAACAGCAACAGCAACAGCAACAGCUACAACAACAACAAAAACAAAAACAAAAACAACAGCAACAGCAACAGCAACAGCAAUUUACGCCUGCUACGAAUCCCUCUCAAAUUUUGUCGAGUAUGUCGCCCAUGAACAUGAUGAGCAGUCCGAUGAAUUUAAUAUCUCCAGCCAACGGCACAAACAUGCCCUUCCCUGCAGCAUCUAAAUCGCAGGGUCCCGCGCAGCGGCAUGCCCCAUCCGCUUCUCAGCAGUUCAAUCCGACUAGCAUUACGCCAGCCAAUAUUUUGAACAUGUCCAUAUCAGAGCAAUCAAAUUCGGGACACCCACAGUCAAACACUCAUCAACAACAGCAUUCGGGCCAGCAGGAUAACAUGCUUGAUCUUAACAACAUUGAUCUAACGAACCUGAACAUGGACUUCCUCCAGUGA